UAGUGCCUCAGUCUUCACACUCACCACACCUAGCGCUGAACACACAGCUGAACACAGCCUGCAGACAUGGAGCCCAGCACCAUCCGGGAGGGAUACCUGGUGAAAAAGGGUACUGUGCUGAAUUCAUGGAAAGCAGUGUGGGUGGUCUUAGCAGAUGAUGGAAUAGAGUUUUAUAAAAAGAAGACGGACAGCAGUCCCAAAGGCAUGAUUCCAUUAAAAGGAGCCACACUGACCAGCCCGUGUCAGGACUUCAACAAGAGAAUGUUUGUGUUUAAGCUGAGCAUGACGAAGAAGCAGGACCAUUUCUUCCAAGCUACUCACCUGGAGGAAAGAGAGCUGUGGGUCAAAGACAUCAAAAGAGCCAUCACCUGUUUACAGGGGGGCAAGAGGUUCGCCAGGAAGUCCACCCGGAAGUCCAUACGAUUACCUGAAACAGUUAAUCUGAGCGAGCUGUAUACGUUGAUGAAAGACCAAGACUCAGGAGUUAAAGAGAUGAAGCUGGAAAAAGAUAAGAAACUCUUCAAUCACUGCUUCACUGGCAGCACUGUGGUGGACUGGCUGGUCUCUCAGGGGAAGGUCAGGAACCGGGCAGAGGGGCUGAUGCUGGCCACAGGGCUGCUGAACGAGGGCUUCCUGCAGCCUGCUGGAGACGUCUCCAAAGAAGCCGCUGAAAGUGGAGCCGAGUCGGUGGCGCUGGACCAGCCUGAUGCACUUUACUACUUUGCUGAUAGCGGAUUCUUCUGUGAAGGAUACUCCAGUGACGAGGACGUGAUAGUGAAGGAAGAGUUCAGAGGGGCCAUAGUGAAACAGGGCUGUCUGCUGAAACAGGGCCACCGAAGAAAAAACUGGAAGGUGAGGAAGUUUAUCCUAAGGGACGAUCCUGCGUACAUCCACUACUACGACCCCGCUAAGGGUGAGGACGAUCCUCUUGGCUCCAUUCAUUUGCGUGGAUCCGUCGUAACUGCAGUGGAUUAUGUGCCUGACGCUAAAAGGCAUGAGGUUGAGGGGAAUCUGUUCGAAAUCAUCACUUCAGAUGAGAUACACUACUACGUGCAGGCGGCGACAGCUGAGGAGCGCAACGACUGGAUCAAAGCCAUUCAGGUGGUGGCAAAGUCUGGAAAAUAACUGUGAGGAUUCCGGUCAUCGCCCAGAACUGUCUUGACAAACCAGUGUAUAAAAUAAAGUUGACAUGUAUUGACUGAA